AUGAAGAGUGAAAAUCAAACUGCGAAUCCACAAUUUCAUUUCCAACCAUUCACGACCAUCCCAGAGAUGAGAUGGCUGAUCUUCUGGGCUUUCCUGGUUCUCUACUUGCUCAGCCUAUUUGGGAAUGCUUCCAUUGUUUUCAUCAUUUAUACUGCACACUCUCUCCACACCCCAAUGUAUUUUUUCUUGGCAAACUUGGCUUUUCUGGAGAUUGCCUACUCUUGUACCAUUGCCCCCUUAACUUUGGCCCACCUUGCUUCAAUGACAAAGAUCUCCAUUUCCUUGGUUGGGUGUGGCACCCAGCUCUUUUUCUUUACCUUCCUGGGGGGCUCUGACUGUGCCCUGCUGGCUAUCAUGGCUUAUGACCGAUACUUGGCAAUUUGCCACCCACUAAGCUACCCUGUCAUUAUGAGCUGGAGACUGUGUGUGAGUCUUGUAGUUGGGACAUGGACCAUGAGUCUUUUUUUUGGUUUCGAGUUGUCUCUCCUCAUAUUGACCCUGCCUCUCUGUGGCAAUAAUGUAAUCAAUAAUUUCUUCUGUGAUUUUCCUGCUGUAAUGAAACUGGCAUGUGGAGAUACCCAUGUCCAACAAACUGCCUUUUUUAUUACAAGCACUGUUGUCUUGACUAUGCCCUUCUUACUAAUCUGCACAUCCUAUGCCUUCAUCACAGUGGCCAUCAUACGCAUCCCUUCUGUCUUGGGGCGUCAACGAGCUUUCUCCACUUGUUCCUCCCAUUUAAUGGUUGUCCUUCUGCAGUAUGGCUGUGGCAGUUUAAUAUACCUGCGCCGAAGUUCCAGCUACUCAGCAGAGGAAGGUCGGGUGGUGUCUGUUUUCUACACCUUCAUCACACCGGUAUUAAACCCCCUUAUUUACAGCAUGCGGAACAAAGAGUUAAAAGAGGCAGUUAUUAGGUCCUUGAGAAGAUCAGUGCUGCCCCAGAAGAAAUGA